AUGGGUUCCAAGAAGUACUUCGGCCUCACAGGCAACGCCCUCAACAAUCUCAGGAUUGCCCUCAUCAUUGCACCCAGCUUCAUUCUUUAUGGCUACAAUAUUGGCGUUGUUGGCGGUCUGCUGACCGAGGAGGACUGGAUCAAGACGUUCCCCGAAAUCGACACAGUGAAUACUUCUGGGGAUGAGAAAUCCCGGAACUCCACAUUGCAAGGAUUUAUCGUGGCUACCUUUACAGUCGGUGCCACAAUCGGCUCGCUUUCUUGCUCAUGGACCGGAGAUGCCUACGGCCGCCGAAACAUUAUCUUCUUCUCUUCCAUCCUCACACUCAUCGGCGAGGUUCUCAUGGCUGCUUCAUUUGGCCUGCCACAGUUUGUCGUGGGACGUGUUCUCACCGGUCUCGGUAUCGGUCAGCUCAGCUCCAUCGUCCCGGUCUGGCAGUCCGAAACGUCUGCCGCAGCGAAUCGAGGCCGACAGGUUGUCAUAUCCGGAGUGUUCAUGUGCGUGGGAUACAUGCUCGAAUCGUGGAUCGACCUUGGGUUUUUCCAAUUCCAUUCCGGUCCUAUUACGUGGCGCCCGCCGCUGGCCAUUGCCGUCUUUUUCUCCAUCGUUCUCAUGGUUUCGAUUUACUUCUUCCCUGAGUCACCCCGCUGGUUGGUUAUGAAGGGGAAGAGCGAACAGGCUCGCUCAGUAAUCUCCGUUCUGAAGUCGCUUCCUGGAGAUUCUCUCGAGGUUCAGGCCGAGCUUUCCGGUAUCGAGUAUUCCCUUGAGGAGACCAAAGGUACCCAGGUCUCCCUGAGAGAUGUCUUGAAGAUGGGCGAAGACAAGCUACUGUACAGAUUCUGUCUGUGCAUGUCUCUCCAAUUCUUUCAACAAAUGGCCCAAUACUCUCGCAUUCUCAGUGGCGGUACUUUGACAUGGAAGUUCUUGGCCUCUUUCAUCGCGUUCUUCACCAUUGACCGGUUUGGCCGCCGCGCUGCCUUCAUCGUUAGCGGUACAGGAAUGUCGCUAUGCAUGAUCGCUCUUGCCGUCGCCACGUCGUUCGGAACAGACAAUUACCCAGCUCAGAUUGCUGCUGCAUUCUUCAUCUUCCUCUACAAUACGUGGAUCCCAAUCGGUCUCAUGGGCGCCAACUACCUCUACUGCACAGAAGUAGCACCUCUACGACUGCGUAUGGCCAUGUCUUCGAUAUCUACUGCCAAUCACUGGCUCUUCAACUUUUUGGUUAUUAUGGUCACUCCAGUUGCGUUGAAUACUAUUGGCUGGCGUUACUACAUUGUGUACGCUGUCAUUGCUGCCGCGAUGCCCGUCACAGUCUACUUCCUCUUCCCUGAGACUACUGGGCGUAACCUCGAGGAAAUCGACCUCCUAUUCCGCGAGUCACCCUCCAUUUUAACCACCGUUAAGUACGCCAAGACAAGACCUAUUGCAAUGCCGCAGGAGUUCAAUUCGGAAAAGGACGAGAAGACAGCUCAUCUAGAGGGCGCGUAA